GCCAAAGGACAUUCACGUGUCUGUGUAACUCUCUGAUUGCAAGAAAAGAUAAAGAAAAGCCUCUUUAACUUCUUUUGCAUCAGAUCAGCAGACCCAGUAGAGUCUCUUCAGUCUCCAUUUAUCCACACAACAUUUGCCUGCAAACUAUCAUUCUUUAAUCCUCCCUCUCUCUCUCUCUCUCUCUCUUCCUCUGAACACCUAUCCACCAAGAAAAGCAAGAACCGACCAUGAGUUUGAACGCACCCAUUUUCUUCAUCGUGUCUCUCUUCUUCAUCCACUCCCUUCCUUCGCAAGUUGAACCAGCCAGGCCCAACUCCCACAUCACCGUUAUGGGCAUGGUCUACUGUGACAUCUGCUUCAACAACACCUUCUCUAGGCACAGCUACUUUCUACCAGGUGCAGAAGUGAAGAUAGACUGCAAAUUUGAGGCCGUGUCGCCAAAAACGAUGGAGAAGAUAUCGUUCUCAGUCAAGAGAACCACAAAUAGGUAUGGGGUGUACAAGCUGGAGAUACCGGCGGUGGAUGGGAUCGAGUGCGCCAGAGAUUCAGCCAUCGUGUCUUUCUGUGAGGCAAGCUUGAUGGGGAGCUCAUCCGAUUCAUGCAAUGUGCCUGGCUACAGGACCACCACUGACCAAAUUGCCUUCAAGUCCAAGCAAGCUAAUCUCUGCAUCUACAGUCUAAAUGCACUCAAUUAUAGGCCAUCCAAAAAAGAUAAAAGCCUGUGUGGUGGGCGUUAAGUAUACUCUGGUACCUCGUUAUAUGGCCUUUUCUUGCAUCCUUACCACCCACUUGCCGCUUUCCCACAUAUACUUUUCCUUGGUAUUAUUGCAAGGCAAAUCUUUAAGAAAGAAAUCCCACUUACCUGAGGGACUUGUUUGCUUGCUAAAUGCGGGGACCCAUAUAAUCAGCAGGUUUUCAGAGAACAUGUUGUGAGAGUGAAGUGAAAAUGCACACUCCCAACUGUACGUGGUGAUUGAUUCCCCAGUCACUCAAUGUCUCUCGAUAUGGUGUCUAUUCAAGCUACAUUGAGGUUUCUGUCUGUUCAUAUUAGGGAAAGAGAAUCCACUGGAAAUCUCAGGAUAGGCAUUACAGCAACGCAAGUUUUAUUCUGUUGUCCGCAAUAUGUGUAAUGGUGGUCCAUGACACACUAAAAGAUAAAUCCAUGCUCUGACUUGCAUAUGCAAACA